AUGAAGUUUAUAUUAGUUAUACGAUUUACCAAUUCAUUAUCAUCAUCUGAACAAGUUGAAGAUUUAUCUAUACCGUUAUCAAUUAAUUUCGAUAAAGGUGAUAUAAACAAAUUAGUCAAUGUAGUUUGGUUAAAGACAACAAUACGAAGUAAAGUGCGACAAUGUUCUCAGAAUAGAUUAAGGUUAAUAUAUAAUGGAAGAGUACUUAAUGAAAAUACAGACUUCAAGAAAGAAGUGUUCCAACCAAGAUUGAAUAGACACGACGAAGAUGAGAAUGUUGAAGAAGAUAAGAAGAUCUAUAUUCAUUGUGUAAUUGGCGAGAAAUUAACGAGGGCUCAAUUGAAUCAAGAGAAUCAACUAGAUAAUAGACCACAAGAGGUUUCAACCGCUCCGGAAGUCAUCGGAUUUGAUCGUUUAUUACAACAAGGGUUUUCUCAAGAAGAUGUGAAUCAAUUACGACGUCAAUUUUAUCUGAUUUACGGAACUGAAUUAAUAAAUAAUAGAGGUCGUGGAAGUAGUGAGAUCAGGGAUUUGGAAGAAGAAGAAGCUAGGCAGAGAGCAUUACGACAACUAGAAGAACGUUGGAUAGAAUCAACUGCUAAUAAUAGUGCUGGAAAUGCCACUGUCGAAACAACACAACAGGAAAAUCAAACAGGUGAUCAAUUCCAGCAAGUGCAAGUACCGCAACCUCUGUUGGAUUUGAAUGAAGCCAAUAUGAAUGAAGACAUCCUAAUCGGGUCUAAAAUGAAACUGUUUUUUUUGCAACAAAUGAAGGAAGAAUCUUUUGCAACACCUCAAUCAGUCCCAAAGAUACAAUGGUCAAUGGGGUUGCCAUCAAAUAAUGAUCCUGGAACUGAGUAG